AUGCAAACGAAUCCCACCGAUGAAAGUAUAAUAAAGAAGGAUGAGAUACAGAGAUUUAUAUCUUUUGAAGAGUUCAUUAAUUCGCCUGAUUUAAUUUUACAAGAACAACAAUUACAAGAAAAUGAUGACAAUCUCUCAAUAAAAAUAGAUUAUAAUGAAGAAAACAACACAGAAAAUGUAGAUGAAUUUUUAACACCACGUCAGAAGAUCAAACUGGACAGAGCAAGUGAAUCGGAUCAAACAAUUGCUACUUUGAGAGAUUUGGCAGAACAGUUAACACACAGUCGAAAUACUUUGAACUCUACAAGGCGAACGGAUUUGUAUACUUGGCAGAAACGAUAUCCAUCAUCAAAUCGUUUAUGGCCAACAGUUCAAAUGUCUACAGAGAAAAUGUUGAACGAAUUGAAAAAUCUUUACUUAGAGAAAAUGAAUAAUGAUUAUGGCGUAACUGAGAAUAUGGAUGACUUUGAAAAUACAGAAAACUUACUUUGGCCACACAGACCACUUUCAGAAAAUAAUGACAGUCUGUUAGGUAAGGGUCCAGGAGCUGAGGAUGAAAGUCUUGGGACUUUUUACCUUACGGAAUCUGGUAAAUGCACAAAUAAUAUACAGAAGCAGACUGAAGACUCGCAAAAUCCAGCUAGCGACAGUCAACUGAAAAAUUUCCGUCUUGUAGCUGGUUCAGCCGGUCCAAUGUAUGAAAAUCGUCGAGAUGAACAAAAGAAACAGGCCGUUAUAACUGAUGACAAUGUUGAUAAUCAUGAUCACAAAGAUGAAGAGAGUAACACUAACCAGCUGAAUCUAUUCGUCCGACGUAGUUUUACAAUUCCAGAAGUUUCAACCAAUAAUUAUGUUCAGUCAGCAAGGCAGCUGAAUACAAUUAAUAACUGUAAUUUGAAGUGUAAUGACGUUUUUUCUGAUAAUACUCAACUUAUGGAAACAUAUUAUACGAAUUAUGACAAUGGCCUAAUAGAAUAUUCAAAAACCUCUGUUCAUGAAGAUUUGUCAACACCAAAUGAAACUGGCAAUGUUGCUGAAAAUGAUCUAGAAGAUAUUGAGAAUCAAGAUGAUUGGAAUACAAAUGAAACACUGGAUGAUGUACUUAGCUGUAUGAAGGCAGCUUUACGCCAACCGGAAGAUGAUCAAACUUUAGUUAUAAAUGAUGAAACUAAUUCUUUGUAUGGACCAGAAGCUAAGGCGAAAAAGAUUGAAACUUUAAGAAAUUAUUGCGUUGAAAAACUUGGAAUACAAGAAUUUCACACAGCCUAUGAUUAUCUUUAUCAAAAACGUAUUACAGAGAAUAAUCAGUCUGGCGAGUUGACAAUUCUUGAUGGUUUGAAAAAUUACUGUUCAAAUGUGACAACAGGAUUUCUGCUGGACCAUUUAAUUUUUCUAGAAAAUGAUACAAAGCAAACGAUUAGUGUUGAGUCACCGAAUUCACUCUACCAAGUUUUAGAAAGUAACUUGCAGUUUUGUAUGUGACCCAGAAACUGCGACCACUACUACGCGUCGUUGAAUUUGUUGCGGAGUGGUGAAUGAUAAUAGAAGAGGUGAACUGCAAUCAAUGGCUAGAUUAUGUCUAAGUGAUUUAAUGGCUGUGAAUUUGAAGAAAAU